AUGACCGUUUUACCUUCUUGCUCCCGCUGCGCACAAUCAGUAGUUACCUUUCUGGCCACCAUCCUUCUGCUAUUCCAACAAACUUGCAAUGCAAAGCAUCACCCAAUCUGUUCCCCUUCUUCGUGUGGAAAAAUUCGCAAUAUAACAUAUCCAUUUCGACUGAAAACCGAUCCACAUGGUUGUGGCCUUUCAAGUUACGAAUUAGACUGCGUGAACAACUUGACAGUGUUAAAUCUGUUUCCAGAGAAAUUCUAUGUGCAGGAUAUCGAUUACAAGGGACGUCAGAUCCGAUUGACUGAUGCGGGUAUUGUGGAGGACACUGUUUGCUCCCUUCCUCGUUAUUUCUUAUCUUCGUCAAAUUUCACUUCAUUUGGUACUGGUUUUAAAUCUUUCGUAAUGGAUCCGCCAACUUUUUCGUAUUCAAGAAUUCCUCCAUUUGUAGUGUUUCUAAACUGUAGUAAUCGAGUGAGUGAUGAUCCUCGAUAUGUGGAAGUGAAUGGCGGUCGUUGCGAUUCGGGAGGCUAUAUCUAUGUUGUUUUGGAUUCCAACGAGCCAUUUAGACUGAUGGGCAUCCAGGUUGGGUGUCGUUUGAAGACUGCUACCUGUGCAAACUUUAACUACAGCAGAAACGUUAUCCAUACAAACCAGACAAAUGACAGAAACGUUUCCUAUUCUGAUAUCCUCAAAUUGCUGGAAGACGGAUUUUGGUUGUCUUGGUUACCACUUAUUUGUAGGGAUCAAUGCGGAAUAGGAACGGACAUUUGCUCCAUCAAUAAAACCACGCAACAAAUUCAAUGUGGACAACGGGGACGCUGCCAUAUCUUGGGCUCGGAUUCGGACCAUUGUGGAACUCUGGCACGAAUGGUUGCUGAAACACUACGUUAUUUCAGAGUCAUUAUAAUAGGAUUUUCUCAAAGAAUAAAAGAUGUCAAGCGAUCACUCGCGCUGUCAGACUCAUAUGGCACUGGAGCUGAUCUUAUAGGUCAAGAUGUUAUACCAAUAUUAAUUGUAGUUAGAUAUCUACUUGGAGUCACCCUUUUGCUUGGUCUACUUAUCUAUAUGUGGCGACGAAGACAUUUCUCAAUGUAUGAAAAUAUUGAAAACUUUUUGUUAGACAACAAUCUAAAUCCUAUUAGGUAUGGAUACAAAGAAAUCAAGAAAAUGACCAAAGGUUUCACAGUGAAAUUGGGUCAGGGAGGCUUUGGUGCUGUAUAUAAAGGAAAACUCGGAAGUGGGUUGGAUGUAGCAGUAAAGAUGUUGAGCAAAUCGAAUGAUAAUGGUCAAGAUUUUAUCAAUGAAGUAGCUACCAUUGGAACCAUACAUCAUGUAAAUGUGGUGCGUCUUAUUGGAUAUUGUGUUGAUAGAAAAAAGCGUGCUCUAGUUUAUGAAUAUAUGCCUAAUGGGUCAUUGGAUAAAUAUAUUUUCUCCAGUGAAAAGGGCACCCUUUUAAGCUAUGAGAAAAUAUAUGAAAUAUCUCUUGGUAUAGCUGAUGGGAUUGCAUAUUUGCAUCAAGGUUGUGAUAUGCAAAUUCUGCAUUUUGAUAUCAAGCCUCACAAUAUUCUUUUAGAUGCCAACUUUGUUCCAAAGGUUUCAGAUUUUGGACUUGCAAAGCUACAUGCAGUAAAUGAUGGCGUUGUCAACAUGACUGCAGCAAGAGGAACAUUGGGUUAUAUGGCUCCCGAGUUGUUUUACAAAAAUAUGGGUGGCGUAACUUAUAAAGCUGAUGUAUAUAGUUUUGGAAUGCUUUUAAUGGAAAUGGCAAGUAGGAGGAGGAACUCAAAUCCUCAUGCAGAACAUUCAAGUCAGCAUUAUUUUCCCUUUUGGAUUUAUGAUCAAUUUAAAGAAGAGAAAAAUAUUAAUAUAGAAGAUGCUUCAGAAGAGGACAAUAUUCUAGCUAAAAAGAUGUUUUUGGUUGCCCUAUGGUGUAUUCAGUUAAAUCCAACUGAUCGUCCUUCAAUGAAUAAGGUAAUGGAAAUGCUUGAAGGGAAGAUUGAAAACCUUGAAUUGCCUCCAAGGCCUUCCUUUUAUAAAAAUGAAUCAUACAGACAUGAUGAUGUUAUCUCUGACCAAGCAUCAUCCACUAAUUCCUCUUAUUCUGAUAGGUAG